CAAUCGACUUGAAGACUUCAUAUCCCACGGUUCACUGCGCUUUCAAAUUUGAAAAUCUGUGGGAAAUGUAGUUCAUUAGGAUGAUAGUAACUGUUUUGUUUUACGUGGAUGGAUAUGUCAAACUCCGUUACCCAGAAUACUUAGCAAAGAAACACCGCGCUGGCAGACUCGAGAAGAGCUUUCUGCCGCGCACGGAGUAGACGUACGGAAUCAAAGCUAGAGUCGUCUUUUAUGCCGACGUUUAAAAAAAAAAAAAAAAAAAAGACAAACUUAGUUUGGAAAUUUUUCGCAAUUGUACUGCAUCAAGGAUUAUCCGCACUCGUUUAAGUAGUGUGAUGACAGUUAUGCCAUUUUUAAUCGUCUUUAUACGCUUUGAAGAAGGAAUCAAGUUCUACAGCACGCUAAGCAAAAGAGGAAUUCGUUUUUUCUCCCACUAAAAUAACGUUAAUGUGAUCGUUCGGAGGAUUUGGCGAUGGAAUAGUACAUCUUGGACCAACGGCUGAUUGUUUGUGGAGACGAAUUACCAGCGGACCUUGUAAGGGAAAGUUGCCCGGUGAAGGUGCGGCCACGCCGGGGUAAAGGCACAGCUACUCCCCGGCUAGCUCGCCCGCUGCUUCUGUUUGUCACGUCGAGGCCUUGUCGUUAAGGCGACAAUGCUUGACAUAAUGUCUGAACACCAAGAUUCACUGUUGACAUGCAAAUCAGAGCCUCUGCCUCCUGAGAGGAAAAAGAGGACUGUUGAGGAUUUCAACAAGUUCUGCAGCUUCGUCUUGGCGUAUGCUGGUUACAUCCCCAGUCCAAAAGAGGAAAGCUCCUGGUCCCCUACAUCAUCCAGCUCUGCGCACAGUUCAGGGCUGUCAGCGGAUGGCGGUGGAGGCAGCAGCUCCAUGGGCGGUGCUUGGGCAGAUGGAAGGUCUGACAUCCACACCAUCCACACAUUUGUCCACAAAGCUCGAGCAAACAAAGGAAAAAGUAUUCGGCGCUUGCAUUCUGAUAGCUCCCUGCUGGACAAGAUGCGCCUUAAAGACUCCCUGUACGAGAGCCCAGUCAGUACCAAGGCAGAGCGCAAGAAGGACAAAAAGUUGAAAAAGCUGUCGUUGGGCUUGACCACGACUGCGGCAGACAGCGGCAGCAGCGAAAGCGAGAAGAGGGCUCGCAUCAAACGCAGCAAAAACUCCAAACAGCCCAAAACAUCCAAGAAGCUCAAGAGUUCACCCCCUCCCAGUGAGGCGGAUUUGGAGGCACGCCACACGCACACAGAGGCACAAGCUGUCAAAGAGGAGCUCAGCGUGCACAGCUGCUCCACCACCAGCAUGCCAGAACUGGGCAAGAUGCAGCCGGAUGACUCCGUCCGAGACGCGGAAAUGAGCUCGAGUGAAGGCGAGACCUGGAUUGCAGAUGAAGACAUCAUGGUGGAGUCGGGUGACGAUUCGUGGGACUUGAUCACCUGUUACUGUGGGAAACCAUUCGCAGGAAGGCCGAUGAUCGAGUGCAACCAUUGUGGCAUUUGGGUUCACCUGUCCUGUGCAAAGAUCAAGAAGUCAAAUGUUCCCGACAUCUUUUACUGCCACAAGUGCAGGGACUUAAGGCGGUCCGCGCACAAAAAAGACACCUAGGGAGUGACGAGGAAUUUCAGAGCACCUCCUUUUUUGUUCUUCGGACUAAACUUUCUCAGUCGUCUGGAUGACAACUGUUAUGUCAGUCUGUAUUAUUUCUUUUGACAAUCACAAUUCACAACUGUUAUGUCUUUGUGAUUUACGUGACUUUGAAGAGUGGGACAGUAGGCAGCGUGUCAGCUGAGGACUGAUUAACGCUGUGCUGGCGACGUGCACAGAUAGUUUUCAUACUCACAAAACAUGCAUUUUGAAUCGCAAGUUCUUUUGCAGAUGCAGAUCAUGCCACAACUUUGGGGGGUCGGGGGGGUGGACAGGAGGUCCUGUGGAGUAAAAGUUUGGCUAUUUCAGAUUGAAAUAAUGCAAAGUUUACACAAAGGAAAUGGUAAAUUUCACCUCCAGUUAUUUGAUUUGCUAUAGCGGCAGCUCGUUUUAAUUUCUGAUUGUAUUUUAUUUUUCCAUUGGAGAACAAGGUCUUGCUCAAAGUAACAGAAGGUUCAUUAUUUUUGCCUCUGCAAAUGCAUCAAAAUUAACAUUCGAAUUGUGCAGGAUUGUUUAAUCUGCGCGCUGUUUAAAUGGACACUCGGAUGCGAUUUUUAUUGCGUAUAUGGGAUGUAUUUUUGGAAUAUCAGCAACUACAAUGUGUUAAAUCUGUACUCGUAGUGCGAGGAUGUUUUCUCCCUGCCUGGCUUGAUAAAGCUGUUUUGCGCUAACGUUUUCUUUCUUUUCGUUUUCACAUUUGUUGUCACCUGGUACGGGCUAAUGUUGCUCUGGACUGAAUGGUCGGCUGAGUGGCUUAGAGGAUGGUUGUAAAAUUGUUUUGUUUUUUUCCCCAUUUAUGCCAUACCUUAAUGAAAUGUGGGGUUCAUAAUGACGCUCACAUCAGAACAAAGUUGUUGCUUGCAGAAAAUUAAGUUGUCAUGUGAGUUGUGGUUUUUCUGUUUGUUUUUUAACAUGCUUUUUUUCUUCUUUUUCUUUCUUUAGCUGUGGGAGAGUCUUGAUGUGUCUCCAUCAGCAGUUGCACUCUCUGCCACAACUUUAAUUCUGUGUAUAUAUACUUUUCCUUGACUGCUGUACAUAUGUGAAAGUGAAGAGGCAAAAUACCCAAGCAAAGUAUAUAUUUUCUGCCGUUGAUGUUUUCUUUAAACGUAGCUUGAAAAAUAAAAAUCUUUGGGAGCAUA